CGUAGCCCGUUGGUAAUUAUGACACGCGAUAUAUCGGCUCAGCGGCAUAGAUACACCUCCAACAGUUAUACCCAAGCGUUAGAGGAAGGCCUACUACCUAUCUAUAGAGCUGGGCAGCAUUUUAUGCAGGAUAACGCACUAAUUUAUAAGUUAAAUAUCUUAAAGGAUUAG